AUGGGUUGUUGUUUUCGUGGCUCCAAAACUCUUCCACCAAUGGAAAAAAACACCACCAUGAUAAUACCAAAAAAGAGUACUCUCAGACAAGAAACCCUAAUACAAAUUCCAGGAUGUAGGGUUUAUCUAAUGGAUGAAGGAGAAGCACAUGAACUUACUCAAGGAAAAUUCAUGAUCAUCAAAAUAUUCGACGACAACGUUUCGUUAGCAACAAUUAUUAAAAUAGGAAACAAUGUUCAGUUUCCUUUAACAAAAGAUGAACCAGUAGUGAAAGUUGAUUCUCUUCAUUAUCUAUUUUCAUUGGCUGUGAAAGAUUGUGUUGAGCCUCUUAGCUAUGGUGUAACUUUUCCACAAGAGUUUCAUGGAAGCAUGGCUUUGGUUGAUACUUUUCUUAAGGAACACUCUUGCUUUUCUGAUUUGAAGUUGAGUAAGAAGAAGAGUGAUCUUGAUUGGGAAGAGUUUGCUCCAUGUGUUGAAGAUUAUAAUCAUUUUCUUGCUAAGGCUAUUGCUGGUGGAACUGGUCAGAUUGUUAAGGGUAUCUUCAUGUGUAGUAAUGCUUACACCAAUCAGGUCCAAAAAGGAGGACAAACUAUCUUAAAUAAUGCUUCAGAUAAGAAAAAUGAUGGCAUGGUUAGAGAAAGUAUGAACAACAAAACUUCUGUUGCCACAAAGAACAGAAUGAAUGAAAAUCUCAUACGUGUGAGGAAGCUUACAAAUAUGACAGAAAAGUUAUCAAAAUCUUUGCUGAAUGGUGUUGGAAUAGUGAGUGGUUCAUUGAUGGCUCCUGUGCUUAAAUCUCAACCAGGACAGGCAUUCCUAAAGAUGCUCCCAGGAGAGGUUCUUUUGGCCUCCCUUGAUGCAGUCAACAAGGUUUUUGAAGCAGCAGAAGCAGCUGAAAAACAAACUUUUUCUGCUACCUCUCAAGCUGCAACAAGAAUGGUUUCUAACAGGUAUGGGGAAGAUGCAGGGGAAGCUACAGAACAUGUAUUUGCAAGUGCAGGACAUGCUGCUAAUACUGCAUGGAAUGUUUCUAAGAUAAGAAAAACUAUCAAUCCAGCUUCUUCAGCAGCCACUCUGAGAAACUCUGCCAGAAAUAGAUAUAUUGGAUAUUAA